AUGGCUCCCGGCACUGGACGCGAUUUCAACUGCUCGUGGGAGCAUUGUGGCAAGUCGUUCAAUCGCAAGUCGGAUCUCUGCCGCCAUUAUCGCAUCCACACCAAUGAGCGGCCCUAUAAUUGCGACGUGGAGGGCUGUAACAAGAGUUUCAUCCAGCGCAGUGCCCUGACCGUCCACUCGCGAACCCACACGGGCGAAAAGCCGCAUGUCUGUGACCAGGAAGGCUGCCAGAAAGCCUUCUCCGAUUCAUCCAGUCUAGCUCGCCACCGGCGCAUUCAUACGGGCAAGCGCCCGUAUAUCUGCCAAGAGCCGAGUUGUGAACGAAGUUUCUGCCGCAAAACCACCCUCACCAAACACCAGCAUCGCUCGCACCCCCCAGGGUCGCAGAGUCGACCGUCCUCCGAAGAAACCGCUUCGCCGCACUCGUACACGCACCAUCCGCCGGGGACGCUGUCCAUGCCACCCAACGAGCAGUACAUGCUCGCGCAGCAGCCCUACUACCCGCAGGCGACGCCGACUCCCGCGCACGAGUUCUACUCCCCGACGCAGAGUGUCCCCAUGAACUCGGUGCCGAUGCACGACAACGCGCCGAUCGUCACGCAGAACAUCCCCGUCUCGUCGCCGAUGAGCAUCUCGCCGCAUGCGCCGCCCCCGCCGCAGCAACAACAUCCGCAAUCCUCGCACCCCCAACCACAUCCGCAACAUCAGCAGCAGUAUCUCCACAUGAUGCAGCAGCAGCAGCAACAGCAGCGCUACGACCCGACCCCGCGCACGUCCUACCUGCCGCCGGAGUACCAGCAGUCUACGUUCCCUGCUCACCACCAUAUGCCUGAGGGCCAGUCUAUGAUGGUGUCCUACCAUCCUAAUUUCCAGUAUAAACCCCCUGCCCGGAUCUUGAAUCAGCCGGAGGGGACUGACUGGGGUUUUCUGGGGGUAGGCUGA